GGCGGCUCCCCGCCCGCCUGCCUAUGCCUAUAUAUCCCACGCCGGAGCGGGCAGCAGCGGAGGCCUCGUCACGGUGGUGCGACAUCGUCGAUUGUCUACGACGAGCGCGCAUUAUUCCGGUCGAUCGAGAGGCAAAGGGAAAGAGAUUGUUGCAGAGAGAUCGAUCGAUCUCUCCAUCGUCGUCGGCCAUGGCGUGGAGGGAGAGCUACUUGGACGUGGUGCUGAUCCCACUCGCCGUCCUCUUCCCCGCGGUGUACCACGUCUGGCUCUGGCGCGCCGUCCGCCGCAGCCCGCUCAGCUCCACCGUCGGCAUCAGCGCCGCCGCGCGCCGCCUCUGGGUCUUCUCCAUGAUGAAGAACAACGAGAAGCAGGCGAUCCUGGUGGUGCAGUCGGUGCGGAACGUGCUCAUGGGCUCCACGCUGGUGGCCACGACGGCCAUCCUCUUCUGCACCGGCGUCGCCGCCGUGCUCAGCAGCACCUACGCCGUCAAGAAGCCGCUCAGCGACGCCGUCUUCGGCGCGCACGGCGAGUACAUGAUGGCGCUCAAGUACGUCGUCCUCCUCCUCGUCUUCCUCCUCGCCUUCCUCUGCCACAGCCUCGCCAUCUGCACGCUCAACCAGGCCUCCUUCCUCGUCAACGCGCUCUCCCCGUCGCCGGCGCUCCACCUCCCGCUCACCAGGGACUACGUCGCCGACGUCAUGGAGAGGGGGUUCCUGCUCAACCUCGCCGGCAACCGCCUCUUCUUCGCCGGCGCGCCGCUCCUGCUAUGGAUCUUCGGGCCCGUCCUGCCGUGCCUCUGCUCCAUGGCCAUGCUCCCGAUACUCUACAACAUCGACAUGGUCGAGUACGUCCAGAAAGGGAGCAGCAAUGGCGAGGUCAAUGCGAGGGUGGACAUGGGGGAUACCGAGAGUGAUCAGAGCAUUGAAGUCUGAUGAGAUGAUGACGAUUGCAAGUAAGACAGGCAGAAAUUCAAGCAAGAAGCAUCACCAUGGAAUAUGCUUUAUUUAUAUUGGUGCCUGAUGCAUUUGUGCAAGCUAGCUAGGCUUCACUGGCAACUAACUAGUUUGUGCUCUAGCAACUGGCUAGUGGGUUGGGUUGGUUAUGUUUUUUAUUGUAUCUGCAAGGAAAAUCCAUGGCAUCAUAUUGACACGACAAUGCAGUAAUGCUUUAGCUCUCAAGUGCACCACGCUGCUUGAUUGAUUCAGUCAGCUGGUAGCGCGCCGUUCCAUGUCACAAGAAGGCAAUUAUUCCUUCUUGAUUCAGGAGGAUCUUUCUUCUUUUCUUCUCCUUAAAAAAGGAAAACAUUUUUAUCUCA